AUGUCGCUACCCCAGUAUCAGUAUCGGCCGCUGCUCCCGCGUCAAAUACGGGUCCUUUCACUCUCGCCUGGGGCACGCGAUGGAGCCCUGACUGGUGAGCUGGAGGUGGUCAACCUUGACGACGUCAAUGGUGCCGGCAAUCAGGAUACAGCUAGUCAAACACACGCCUUUGAAGCGCUCUCUUACGUCUGGGGAAUCGACAUCAAGAGCCAUGUCCUCGAAGUCUCCGGUACAAGCAUAGCCAUCACCGCAUCGUUGAACAGCGCCCUUACCCGGAUCAGAUAUUCAGAUCGCCCGCGUAUCGUCUGGGCGGACGCUGUAUGCAUCAACCAGGGUGACAUCUCGGAGAAGGAAGAACAAAUCCCUCUGAUGGGACAGAUAUUCAGCAGCGCCACGCGAGUCAUUGCAGAUCUCGGGGAAGCAUCUGCCGACAGCGAUGCCGCGCUGGACCUCAUCGACAGGUGCUGGCGAGCAGACAUUUGUUCGGGCUUGGAUGCGACCGCCUACGGGCGAAGCCUUUCGCGUCUCGAGAUCACAAAGUUUCUGUUCUUGGCGCCAGACGCCAUAGAUGAUGCUUGGGCCGACCUCGAGCAGCCGCCCCCGGAGGCCGAAGAGUGGAAUAUGGUAGGAGAGUUCCUGCAACGACCUUGGUUUUCCCGUUUAUGGAUUGUUCAAGAGUUCGUGCUCGCUCGUGACGUCGUCUUCAUUUGCGGCACGCGUCAAAUUGACUGGAGACAUUUCCUUGCCUUUUCAGUCGAUUCCAACAACGAAUCGACGUGGGUGGUGACAUGGGCCUUGGCUGGCAGGAAUACUGAGUACAUGAGGGAUAUGGAGGCGGUCAACCGCAUGUGCCACCAUCGAGCGCUUCGCCUGCUCCAGGCCACUUCUGACGGGCGUGAGCUCCUCGCCAGCCUGGACCUACCACGGUACAAGCAGUGGCGCAGCCCCUCUUGGGUCGACCUGCUCGCCGGCUACGGGGAUUUCAAGUGCACAAUCGCGAGAGAUCGGUACUUUGCGCUGCUAGGCGUGGCGGCAGAUGACCACAUGGCGGAGCACCCACAGCUGAAGGCCGACUACACCACGCCGGACACGGAGUGGGCGCGGGCCAUGGGAAAGUUCAUCUUGCAGCUCCCGGACGGGCCCAAAGCCUUCAUGCGUAGUGGGCUUGCGACCAUGCAGGACAACUUUGAGCUGCCCAGCUGGAUGCAGACCUUUGACCCUGCAAGCUCCCGUCCAGUACUGGAACUCUGCGAACUGGUCGAGGUGAGCAGCGCAGCUUGGGAUGGCAGCUCCUUCUGGGUCAAAUCAGUCCCGGCCAGCCCGGGAGAUAUCGUGGUCCGAGGCUACAAGAUCGAUAAGAUCCUUCAUCGACCUCCACCGAGCGACUUGAGGGAGGCCAAUCAUCAUGAAACGGUUGUUGAUGCUGCGUGGGCGUACAUGUUCCGCCACGCCGAUCGCGCAUUGGGCUUCUUCCUCAAGUAUCUUGAUGACACGAGCCAGCAAGGAUUCGUGUCCGCUUUGGCCUGGAGCUCUUUGGAGGCUAUGGUCAGAGCCCUUGUCACCAAUCAAGAUCCGUCCAUGGCCACGUUUACCCUGCCAGCUGAUGUCAGAACUUUAGUCCUUGGCUGCCUUUUUAUGCUAGUCGGGAUGGAUCUGCCGUCCCAGGUUGCGCAAAGAGUUAAGCCAUGGCUCCUCGAGACGCUCGAGACCGAAUAUGGCUAUUUGGCGGCAGACAUUCGCGACAGGUUGGUGAUUGGAUUUGACCGCGGAAACGAGGCCGUUCCCGAUGAGGAGCGCGAUUCUUCGAGCGGCACAAGUGCAGAGCCUGCCAGCAACUAUGAUGGGCCCACUACCUAUUCCGGCGGACUGGCUGCGGACGAGGAUUCUGCAUCAAAACAAAGCACCAGCACCAGCAGCAGGCUUCUAUUUGAAGUCCUGCAGGCGAAAGCCCUUCAAAGUGCCGGUAGUCACAUCGGUCUUGCCGCCUAUUUGGCUCUGGAUCCUGCCGUUACCACGCAGGGCAUCUUCUGCACGGUACCACGCUGCGCCGAAGUCGAUGACGAGGUCUGGAUCAUCUCGGGCUGUAGACUACCCGUCCUCUUGCGCCGUAGCCGGGAACGGGAUGGUGUAUAUAGGCUCGUCGGUACUUGUUAUGCCGACGGGAUCAUGAAUGGCGAGGCCACGAUGAGGGACGAUUUUGCUUGGCAAGACGUGCUACUCUAUUAA